CGACAUGGCCAUCAUCUCAGAGGAUGACUUUCAUCACAGUUCCAACUCCACGUACAGAACAGCAAGCAGCUCUCUCCGAGCUGACCAAGAAGCUCUGCUUGAGAAGCAGCUGGACCGCCCACCACCUGGCCUACAGAGGCCCAAGGACCGCUUCCACGGUGCCUACAUCAUCUUCUUCAGCUUGGGCAUCGGCAGCCUGCUGCCAUGGAACUUCUUUAUCACUGCCCGGGAGUACUGGAUAUUCAAACUCAGCAACUGCUCCAGCCCAGCCACAGGGGAGGAACCUAAGGGCUCAGACAUCCUGCCCAAGGGAGACCUGAGUGAGCCUCUUAGAAGAGAAGGAAGGACCAGCAGUAAAGGAGAGAGAGAAAAUGCAGACAAGGAAGGCGAGGAGUCAACAGUGGUUCCAAUUCAUGUCCGUGUGCUGGCCUCGCUGACUGUCAUGCUGGCCAUCUUCGUGGUGAUGACUGUGCUGGUGAAGGUGGACACCUCCUCCUGGACCCACAGCUUCUUUGCUGUCACCAUCAUCUGCAUGGCGAUCCUCAGUGGCACCUCCAUCAUCUUCAGUAGCAGUGUCUUCGGCAUGACUGGCUCCUUCCCUAUGAGGAAUUCCCAGGCUCUGAUAUCAGGAGGAGCCAUGGGGGGCACCGUCAGCGCCGUGGCCUCGCUGCUGGACCUGGCGGCGUCCAGCGACGUGACGGACAGCGCCCUGGCCUUCUUCCUGACGGCGGACGUCUUCCUGGCGCUCUGCGUGGGGCUCUACCUGCUGCUGCCGCGGCUGGAGUACGCCAGGUACUACAUGAGGCCUGUUUGGCCGGCUGUGUUUUCUGGUGACGAGCAGAUGCCCCAGGACUCUGCCAACCCCCUUUUGGUGGUCCCAGGAUCCAGUGACUCCCCAACACCACCUCUCCGCCCCAUCCUGAAGAAGACGGCCGGCCUGGGCUUCUGCAUCAUCUACCUCCUCUUCAUUACCAGCCUCAUCUUCCCUGCCAUCUCCACCAACAUCGAGUCCCUCAACAAGGGCUCAGGCUCGCCGUGGACCACCAAGUUCUUCGUCCCCCUCACCACCUUCCUCCUGUACAACUUUGCCGACCUGUGCGGCCGGCAGAUCACAGCCUGGAUCCAGGUGCCAGGACCGAAAAGCAAGGUGCUCCCAGGGCUCGUGCUCCUCCGGACCGGCCUCGUCCCCCUCUUCAUAUUCUGCAACUACCAGCCCCGUGUCCACUUGCAGACAGUUGUCUUCCAGUCUGAUGUGUACCCAGUGCUCUUUACCUCCCUGCUGGGGCUCAGCAACGGCUACCUUAGUACCCUGGCUCUCAUCUACGGGCCCAAGAUUGUGCCCAGGGAGCUGGCCGAGGCCACGGGGGUGGUGAUGACCUUUUACCUGUGCUUGGGCUUGGUGCUCGGCUCAGCCUGCUCUACUCUGCUUGUGCACCUCAUCUAGGAGAGGGCGAUGACUGGACCUCGGUGCCGCACAAUGCCUGGGAGCCUGGGUGAG